UCUUCUUCACGGAGGAGGACCAGCGAGGCCAGUCGCCUGAACCCUCCAUCUCCUGCGUCCCGGCCGGGGGAGGACCCGGUCCCGAGGCAGAUUUUACACGCCGACGGGUCUCAGAGCAGCCUGGGCGACUCCAGAGGCUCGACGCCGACUGACGGGUCAGGGAGUUAAAGUGGGGACAGCCGGAGAGAGCCGUCCACCGGAAGCUACUGCAGAGGUUAUCGCAGCGCGAGCAACAAACCACACGGCUCGCGGAGAAAGAUCUGGUCUGAAGCUGAAUCUGUGCAGCUUCGGCCUCAGGAUGAAGAGAAGAAGGAAGCACUGAGCGAGAAGAAUCCACCCGACCGCCACCGCGCCGCUUGAACCCAACCGAGAUGGAGAGGAACCAGAAAACCCCCGUCCUGCUGCUGCUGCUCUUCCUUCAAGCCUGCAGGGUGAAAUGUCACAAGUGUCCCAGCAGUCCGGACCCAAAUCUCACCUGCUUCAAUGACUUCAACCACACCAUGACCUGCGAGUGGAACAGCGCGUCCGAUCGCUCAGGCACAGUGUGCACACUGUUUGCUGAAGAUAAUUAUCCGGAUUCUUACAGUGGCUCCUGCGAGCUGGAGCCUGUUGACAGCUCCAGGCCAGCGUUGAUGGCGUGCUCCGUGGACUUCAAAACAGAAUACAUCUUCUAUUUGACUGAUAAUGUAUCCCUGAAAGUAAGCUGUGGCCAUGAGAAACACAUCGUGUCCAUUUCCUACAGGCCGUAUUGCCACAUAAAAGUGAAUCCUGGGAAGCCCGCCGUCAACGCCACCACCGUUUCCUGGUCCAUGCAUCAUUCGCUCAUAGGGAGUUGGAAGUACGAGCUUCAGUGGAAGCGUGGAGACCAAGCGUGGAGUGAGGCCACGGUGCUGAAACAGGAGAAUCUGAGGUCGGGGCGUUUCAAGGUGGAACUGGAGGAAGAGUGGCUGGACCGAGGCCAGAGCUACGAGGCUCGCGUCCGCAUGAUGGUGGGCGAAGGCUCCGGGCCCUGGUCCGACUGGAGCCCGGCGGCGUCCUGGGUGUCGCCGGUCGGGAGAUCCAAACAGCCGCCAGAGGCUGCUGGGAGCGUUUGGCAGAUGAGCGUUGUCGUAGCGGCGGCGGCCGUCCUGCUGCUGAUCGGCGCUGUCAUCAUGCUGAAAAGACCCACCUGGGUUUACGUGGUGAAGAGGAUCCGGGGCCCGCCGGUCCUGACCCCCCCCAUGUCCCUGCUGCAGGACGACACGCUCCAGAGCUGGCUGCAGCCGUACUUCACCAGCGACUCCUUCCACUCCGUCCUGAAGCCGGUGGAGGUCGUCUCGGUGGAGGUCGCCUCCGCCGUGGACGCCGUCGUCCCCUGGAAGCCCCAGACCAAGGCGUCCACAGAGAAGGGCGGCUUCGACUCCACCGGCUCCAGUUUUUCUAACCCCAGCUACUCCGACCUGUGCGGCGGCCCUCCGCCCGUUUUCCCGCUGUCCGCCGGGAGCCUGGAGGCGUGCGCCGCCGACUCGCCGUACGGGCCUGUCGGGAGCGGAGCGGCGGACCGGAGCGGCGAGGAGCCCAGGGCGGAGGAGGAGAAGGACGUGGACAUCCUCAAGCUGUUCUGUAAAGAAAACAGCGGCGCCGAGUCGGCGCCGGACGGCGAGAAGCUGCAGGUGGAGCGCCUCCGGCUGCAGAGCCUGGACUCGGGGGUGUGCAGCGGCGAGGAGGUGAGUCAGGAGAGCAUGGAGGCCGACAGCAUCGGCGGCCACGACGAGGAGGCCGACGGCGGCAGCGCCAUCAAGGUCGACUUCCGGACGCUGCUGGGAAGCAGCAGCGUCUUCAGCAAGGGCUCCAUCCUGGUUUGCUCGGGUUACAAGGCGGUGGAGAAGCUGAGCUGCGGCCCGGUUCUGCCCCGCCGGGAUUCGAACCCGCCCAGCAGCCGCGAGGAGCCGGAGGAGAAGUCCCCAGAAUCCACUCCUCUGCUCCUCCCGCCCUGCUCCGUCCUCUCCCAGCAUGCUCUCCUGAUGGCUGCUGGCAGCUCAGUGGAGCCCUCUGGUGACGGGUACACGCCAGUGAGCAGCUCUGACCCCUGACCCCUGACCCGAUCAACCAUCAGGGCCCCAUGACCGUUAUGAAUGUAGUAUUCUUAUCACGUUAUUCAUCAAUACUGGACAGAAUGAGAGUUCACCAUGGAGGACUGAAACUACAAUUAAAGAUAAAUACAGAAAGAUAAAAAUGGCUCAAUAAACAUAUUUUUAUGCCAAAACAUUAUACAAAGAUUAAUAUUUUUUUUUAAUGAGAAAAACUGUAAAAUAUGACUAAAACUGUAUAUUUCUUUUGUCGUUUUCAACAGUUUCAAUGUAAAUUUGUGAUGAUAUUCCCAUUUCAGUUCCAUUUGUUUUUUACCUCCGCCAGGAGGUCAUGGAAUCACGCCCGUUUGUUGAUUGGUCUGUCAGCAAGAUUCCGGAAAAAGUAGUGGACGGAUUGCAAUGAAACUUUGUGGGAAGGUGGGUCUUGGGCUAACUUAGAGUCCAUUCAAUUUUGGUGAAGAUUCGGAUCACUGUCUGGAUCCAGGAAUUUAUUAAAGGAUUCUUUAUCAUUGACAGAUAGGGAGUCUUUCACAUGGUUGGGCAGGCCCGCCAACAGGGGGCGACAAACGACUGGUUCACACAGGACGCACCGCGCGUGGACGCGGAAGCGCCGAGCACCGACUGUCUGAUCGGCGCCCCUGUUAACCUAUCUGACGGUUCAUACAGGAGGCACGGGACAGCGCCGCGCACAUAGCGGCUUGCGCCGUGGACCGCGGCCGCUCCGCUCCUCUCUAUUUUCUCGGCGCCGCGCGCCGUGCACCGCCAGUUGUAAAGCUGGACAGAGCAGAUCGCACCACACAGGAAGUCGGGAACGGAAAAUA